AUAAUUUAAUAAUUUACAGCAGUAUAAUUUCAACAUCGUAUAAGCAGAACUGUCAAUAGGCGUAAAAUAUUUUUGUUGGUGCGCUCUAUGAUUUGAAAAUAAAUUUGCCCCAAAAAAGAAACCUUUUCCGGCACCGGGGGAUGAAGUCCAAAACAAAACAUUGCAUGAUAGUCUUUAAGUAGUUCCAUCUGUCCAGCAGAAUUUCAGGCUAAUAGCCUGUGGCACAUCAGUCCGUUCCCUUAACUCCCGCAACCUGACUCUGUCCUAUUAAAUCUCUCCACUCCUCCAAAAAAAACAAAAACAAAAAAAAAAAACAAGUGAAUGAAGGAGAAAAAGAUCUUGAGCAGACCCAAGUCAACUAAAUUGUGAUAGUGAUGAUGAUGAUGGCAGUGAUGAAGCACGAGCCCUAAUUAAGGAGAAAAAAGGACCUCAGGCACUCAGUGAUGUGGAAAAAAAGGGCUCAUCAUUGUGGUGUAUUUUUUUAAGGACAGCUCGCUCUGUGAGCAGAAGACUGCCGCUCACCUUGCCACGGGGUCUGCGUGAGAUUGGUUCAUUGUCAAGGAUUUUUUUUUACCCAUGAUUCCAUAUGGUAUGGAGUGGGCUACAUGUUGCCCAACAUGCCAGUGCAAAUGUUUUCUCAAUUAGGUGUCUUAUCUCCGGUGAGUGCGCUAGCAUCAGAUGAAGCUUGCUGACAGCGUAAUGGCAGCUAAAACCUCGGAAGGCUCAAUCAAAUGGCAGCUCUGCUACGACAUCUCGGCCAGGACUUGGUGGAUGGAUGAAUUCCAUCCUUUCAUUGAAGCACUGCUGCCCCAUGUGAAAGCGUUUUCCUACACUUGGUUCAACUUGCAGGCCCGCAAGAGAAAAUACUUCAAGAAGCACGAGAAGCGCAUGUCUAAGGAAGAGGAGCGAGCCGUGAAGGACGAGCUGCUCAGUGAGAAGCCGGAGGUCAAGCAGAAGUGGGCAUCGCGGCUGCUGGCCAAACUCCGCAAGGACAUCCGGCCUGAGUUCCGCGAGGAUUUUGUGCUCACUGUCACCGGGAAGAAGCCCCCUUGCUGUGUGCUCUCCAACCCCGACCAGAAGGGCAAGAUAAGGAGAAUCGACUGCCUGCGUCAGGCGGACAAAGUGUGGCGCUUGGACCUGGUCAUGGUGAUUUUAUUCAAAGGUAUUCCGCUUGAAAGUACUGAUGGCGAAAGGCUGGUUAAGUCUCCGCAGUGCUCGAAUCCAGGGCUGUGCGUGCAGCCGCAUCAGAUAGGAGUUUCCGUAAAGGAGCUCGACCUGUACUUGGCCUACUUUGUGCAUGCAGAAACAGGGCAGGCUGAAAGUCCGAACCAGCCCAGUGAAAGCGACAUCAAGGACCAGCCAGAAAAUGGGCACCUUGGCUUCCAGGACAGUUUCAUCACAUCAGGUGUCUUCACCGUCUCUGAGCUCGUGCGAGUCUCACAGACUGGCCCCCGUAUGAAGACGGACACUGUCACGCCACAGUUUGGCAUGCCGUCAAGCUCAGCCCCCAUCGCAGCAGGGACGGGGCCCAACUUCUCGUUGGCAGACCUGGACAGCUCUUCCUACUACAGUAUGAGUCCUGGGGCCAUGAGGCGCCCCCUACCCAGCACUUCUUCUAGUUCAUCUGCAAAGCGUAUCAAAUGCAUGGAGGAUGAGGUGGACAGCCCGGGAGAGGAGUCCUACUACCCAGGUCAGGGACGCUCGCCUGGUAGCGGCAGCCAAGCCAGCAGCUGGCAUGAAGUAGAGCCAGCUGGAUAUAAACUGCGUGGCUCGCUAGCUAGUUCGUUCAUCUCAAGACAAGGGAUGCCAUCGCCUACCACAUUAAAGAAGUCAGAGAAGUCUGGUUUCAGCAGCCUUGUGCCUUCGCAGACCACUUCCCCUCGAACGGCAUUCACACACCAUCAUCGACCUGUCAUUACAGGACCCAGAGCGAGUCCUCACGCCACGCCGUCAAGUCUUCAUUUCCCGACAUCGCCAAUCAUCCAGCAGCCUGGCUCGUACUUCCCCCACCACGCCAUCCGCUACCACCCCCAGGAGACGCUCAAGGAGUUUGUCCAACUUGUCUGCCCUGACAGUGGUCAGCAAGCUGGACAGGUGGGCUUCCUUAAUCCCAACGGGAGCAGUCAUGGGAAGGUGCACAACCCGUUCCUGCCCACUACCAUGUUGCCACCUCCUCCGCCUCCCCCAAUGGCGCGACCCGUGCCCCUGCCCGUGCCAGACUCCAAACCUCCCUCCACCUCCACCGAGGGAGGCGGCAACUCCCCCACCUCUCCAAGUGAGUACUACACGCCGAGCACGUCUCCCGCUCAGCGCUUUGUCAGCGUGGGCCCCAGAGACCCCAGCUUUGUAAAUAUCCCUCAGCAGCCUCAGUGGUACCUGGGCUAAAGACUCCCGACACGGACCGGCCACUCCCGAGGUCACACGACCACCCCCUCUGUCUCCCCUGAGUACGACCCGCAAACAUGUACACCAGUCUGAACAGAGAGAAGCCACUUGCUGCCCCAGUACCGGACAGACCCACAGCAUGGCUCCAGCAGAACCCCGCCAAGCCCUGGAACAAGAGGAACGCGCUUACACCCACUUACUAUAUAUCUAUAUAGUCCAUAUGUAUUCUUCCAUAUGUAUGGUUUACACGCCUAUAUUCAUAUAUAGUAGCUGUCCAGCUCUUCUGAGGGUGGAGCUCG